UCUCGAAGCACAGUGGAGCCCGCUUUGUUGGACUGAUGCAUGCUAGCAAAUUUCCUUUGUUGUGAUUAUUCGCUUUGCGGUUGUGUUCCUUCUGUAAUAACUUAUAUUAAGAAAGUUACUGUCGUGAUACCGUAAAGGAUGAGUGGCGGAGUGUACGGAGGUGAUGAGGUGGGAGCAUUGGUGUUUGACAUUGGCUCUUAUUCUGUAAGAGCUGGCUAUGCAGGAGAAGACUGUCCCAAGGCGGACUUUCCCACAGUAAUAGGUGUGACUCUUGAUCGAGAAGAUGGCAGCACACCCAUGGAGACUGAUGGUGACAAGGGCAAGCAGAGCGGCACUACCUAUUAUAUUGACACCAAUCAGCUGAGGGUACCCAGAGAGAACAUGGAGGUUAUGUCUCCGCUCAAGAAUGGCAUGAUUGAGGACUGGGACAGUUUCCAGGCCAUUCUGGAUCAUACAUACAAGAUGCACUUCAAGUCUGAACCCAGCCUGCACCCUGUGCUCAUGUCAGAAGCAUCGUGGAACACACGAGCAAAAAGAGAGAAACUAACAGAGCUGAUGUUCGAACAUUACAACAUUCCUGCCUUCUUCCUCUGCAAAUCAGCUGUGCUGUCUGCGUUUGCCAACGGGCGGUCUACAGGUCUGGUCCUAGACAGUGGAGCAACACACACCACUGCAAUUCCAGUGCAUGAUGGAUACGUUUUGCAGCAAGGCAUUGUCAAAUCGCCCCUGGCUGGAGACUUCAUGAGCAUGCAGUGUAGAGAGCUAUUUCAAGAGCUGAAUGUUGAGAUAAUCCCUCCCUACAUGAUUGCAUCAAAGGAUCCAGUGCGGGAGGGAGCCCCAGCCAGUUGGAAGAAAAAGGAGAAACUACCUCAAGUGACCCGCUCUUGGCACAACUACAUGUGUAAUUGUGUAAUCCAGGACUUCCAGGCAUCAGUGUUGCAGGUGUCAGACUCUCCAUAUGAUGAACAAGUUGCUGCCCAGAUGCCCACCGUGCACUACGAGCUGCCCAACGGCUACAACUGUGACUUUGGAGCGGAGAGGCUGAAGAUCCCAGAGGGCCUAUUUGACCCCUCUAAUGCUAAGGGACUGUCUGGAAACACCAUGUUAGGAGUUGGCCAUGUUGUGACAACCAGUGUGGGAAUGUGUGACAUCGACAUCCGACCGGGUCUGUAUGGCAGUGUUGUGGUGACUGGUGGAAACACGCUCAUUCAGGGCUUCACUGACCGAUUGAACCGAGAACUCUCCCAGAAAACUCCUCCGAGUAUGAGGUUGAAGCUGAUUGCCAACAGCACUACAGUGGAGCGCCGAUUCAGUGCCUGGAUAGGAGGCUCUAUCCUGGCAUCACUUGGAACCUUCCAGCAGAUGUGGAUCUCCAAACAGGAGUACGAGGAGGGAGGAAAGCAAUGUGUGGACAGGAAGUGCCCUUGAUUUGACACCCAAUUUCACCCCUCUGCAUAACCUGUUUUCCACCGCAAGCUCAACUACAUGAAUGGUUCCCCUCUGACCCGGACUCAGGAACGCGGCGCUUGUUUAUUUUUGUAUAACUUGUUUUUAAAACUUGAGUUUGUCCAUAAUACCUGUCUGGGAUUUACUGUAGUAAACAGACAAACAUUUGCAAUUUAAGUUCCUUUGAUAAUGUCCUGAAAGUCAGUCUGUUGCCUUAUCUGUAAAUUGUUGGUGCUUAGUGGAAACCUUGAAUCAGAAAGUCAAGUUUCUGAUAAAACAAAACAUGUUUAUCGGUAUAAAAGCCAAAACUAGUUGUACAAGAUUUGUGCAAAAAUACUGACAAGGUAAACGUGGGGUGAUUAGGAUGUGUAUUUGGAGAAACAACCUUUUAUUUUGGCGUGAUUAUUGUCUUGUUCAUGAGCCCCUUUUUCUGUGUAGCAGGUCACUUCAUAGGCAAAGGCUAGUCUGUUCCUGCCAAUGCCUACUGGUAUUAGCUAAAAUAAAUCUGUAUUUAAUUUUCAAUCUUGCUUGUCUUUGCCUCCAUAUGGUCUUUUAAAAAUAAAGUCAUUUUUUGUAAAAUAAA